GGGAGUGGGCAGCACAGGGGAUCUGUGUGUCUGUUUGGGAGGCAGGCAGGCAGGUGUCUGUCUGUCUGUCUGUCUGUCCGGAGGGGAAGGUGGGGGCGUGUUCUGUUUGUCCUUCCGGGGGCACAGUGAGGGGGGCUCUGCCUGCUGCGGGGGGGGGGGUCCGUCUGUCUGUCCAUGGGGGGUCUGUCCGUCUUGGGGGGAUAGAAACAGGGAGGGGAGGUGUCUGUGUGUGCUUGUCUGUCUGUCCGUCCGGGGUGGGGGCAGCGCAGCGCCCUCACCUCCGCCCUCCGCAGCCCCUCCCACAUGAACCCCCCGCCCCGGGAUGAGCUCCAAGGCCAAGCGGGUGCUGCCCACCCGCCCUGAGCCCCCCAGCGCGGAGCAGAUCCUGGCCGACGUGCAGGGCACGCUCCCCUCCGACCCCGUGUUCGUCCUGCCCGCCGAGCCCCCCCAGGACCACGGCCCCGCUCCAGGCUGCCCCGAGCCCGCGGCCGAGGAGCGGGAGCGGCUCUACCGGCAGGUCCGCUCCUACGUGGGGAUGAACGCAGGGCUGCAGCAGUCCCGGGAGCGGCUGCGGGAGCGGCGCCGGGAGCUGCAGAGGGUCGGGGAGGCGCUGGAGCGCGGCAUCGCCGAGAUGAGGCAGAAAGCGUUCUGA